AUGACUUCGUUUGACGAACCUUCCAUUUAUAAUUUACUGGAAGUUGAAGAAACUAAAGAGAUUAAACAAAAACGGUACAAUUCAAAGUUUCGACAGAAUAUUAAGGAGGAGUUCCAGACAGGUCAUGCUCAUUACAAGACAAUGGGUCCAGCAAAGGUCCCAGUACCUCAGCCUACAGAAUUUCUGAAAAAGCAUGAGAAAGAACCUCAGCUACCAAACAAAGAAAGCUUCCAUUACCCUGAUGAUGAUCACAGGAAGCCUCCAGUACCAAAGAUAAAUGAUGCACCUUUAAUGGGCCUCAAGACAACAAAGAACUUUAUCACCACAAAUGCUGUAGAGAAUAUCACUUCAGUCCCCAAGCAUCCAGUCAAGAGAAUUGUUGACACACGACGUGGUGACACCCAAAAUCUGAUCCCGUCUGGCCUUGAACCAGUUUAUGUGCAUAAAAAGGAAUUUGGUGAAGUUCCAGUGUAUCUGACCAAGCGAAGAGAAGAAGUGAAAAGGGCUCAAGAUGAGUAUGACCAAUAUGUUGCUGAAAGUUUCAAGCGUGGAGCACUGAGACAACUGACAGAGGAAGAACGUGGGGCCAUUCUUGAUGGUCUCAAGGCAAACUGGGAGGAUAUCCAGGAUCAGUAUCAAGGUUUGUCUGUGGUCACAGAUACAAUACCCAAGAAAUGCAGGAAGGAAAGACUAGAAGCCCAGAUGAAGCAGCUUGAGAAGGAUAUAGAAUUAUUUGAGAAACAUAAAAUCAUUUACAUUGGAAAUUAG